GGCCUUUUGUAAAUAAAAAAAAUAAUUAUAGGCUUUGCUGAAAAUGGGUAUUCGUGGUGUUACUGUUUCUGAUGUCCGAGGCUUUGGUGCUCAAGGCGGUUCGCCUGAAAGACAGGCAGGCUCUGAAUUUUCUGAGGACAAAUUUGUUGCUAAAGUUAAAAUGGAGAUUGUGGUGAGCAAAGACCAGGUUGAAGCAGUAAUUGACAAGAUCAAUGAGGUGGCAAGGACUGGAGAGAUUGGUGAUGGCAAGAUAUUUUGUAAGAUUUCAGGCUUUCUUCUUUAGGUUUUAAAAAUGGUGGAAUCCUUUAAUUUUCUAGUUUUCUGAACUUCAGAGCUAUGCUCUGUGACUUCUGGGUGAAUAAGCCAAGGAAACUUAAUCUAACCUUGUCAUUUGCAGCUAUUAAGAAUCUUCGCAAUUUCAUUUAUACAUACCCAUAAAAUUAAAUUUCA